AUGCCCGUACCAUCAGCUGCGGGAGAUUUGCCGCUUGGCUAUCGCUUGGAGCCAACCGUCCCUACCACUACGGAAUAUCGCAACCUCCGCAAGGUAGCGGGCCUCACUCCCGUCACCGAGGCACAAGCUGCCCGGGUGGCGUCCGGCAGCUGGUAUGGCUGCCACAUCACCUAUCGCAAGAAUGGCGAUGACCAUCCUCGAGCUGUUGCGAUGGGUAGAAUCAUUGGCGAUGGCGGAUGGUACUUUCACAUUGCAGACAUGGCAACGCUGCCGGAGCACCAGAGGAAGGGGCUUGGGGGUUUCGUCUUGCACCACUUACUGGCAUACAUCGAGGAUAACAAGCCUGAAGAUGGGAAUCCAUUCAUAAAUCUGUUUGCGGACCCACCUGGGCGGAGGCUAUACGAAAACAACGGAUUUGUUGCGGUUGAACGCUUCAAUGAGCUCGGAAUGGUCCUGCCGCGCAACAGGAAGCUUGAAAAUUGA